AUGUGCUGCCUUGGGCACUGGCUCCUGGGGGGUGUAGCCAGCGGUGGGGAUGCCAGCAGCUCCCAUGUGCCUGCAGACAUCGACGACUGUGCCCGAGCGCCGUGCUGCCAGCAAGUCUGCACCAACACCCCGGGCAGCUACGAAUGCAGUUGCUACGCCGGCUACCAGCUCAGUCCCGACGGCUGCGGCUGUGUGGACGUGGACGAGUGUGCCGUGGACCGUGGCGGCUGUGAGCAGCACUGUGCCAAUGUGGCCGGCUCCUUCCAGUGCUCCUGUGAGGCUGGCUUCCGGCUGGACGAGGACCAGCUGGGCUGCUCCCCGCUGGCCCUGCCCGAGGUGGACCUGGCCGGGCGUCUGCCCUUCGUGCGGCCCCUCCCCCACGUGGCCGUGCUCCGGGACGAGCUGACCCCCCUCUUCCAGGACUACGCGGGGGCCGAAGAGGAGGUGGCGGAGGCCCGGGGGGAACACUCACUGCAGGAGAGAUUCAUCUGCCUCGACGGCUCCUUUGGCCACGACUGCAGUGUGACGUGUGCGGACUGCAAGAAUGGGGGUGCCUGCCAGCCCAGCUUGGAUGGCUGUGACUGCCCCGCGGGCUGGACCGGGCUGGUCUGCAACGAGACCUGUCCCCCGGAUAUGUACGGGAAGGAUUGCAGCUUGUCCUGCCGCUGCCGCAACGGGGGCACCUGUGAUCCAGCUACGGGGACCUGUCGCUGCCCACCGGGCGUGGGGGGCGCCCACUGUGAGGACGGUGGCAUUCCUCCCACUGUCCAGGCUGUCCCUAUGGCUUCUUCGGGCCCCAGUGUCGCAGCAAGUGUCGCUGUGCAAACCGUGGCCGCUGUCACCGCGUGCACGGGGCCUGUCUGUGCGAUCCGGGGCUCUACGGCCGCUUCUGUCACCUGCCCUGCCCUGCGUGGGCCUUCGGGCCUGGUUGCUCUGAGGAGUGUCGGUGUGAGAAGAAGGGCUCUCAGGCCUGUGACAGGAGGGACGGCAGCUGUGUCUGCAAGGCCGGAUUCCGGGGAGCACGCUGCGGGGAUGAGUGUCCACCUGGCUUUUUCGGACCCGGUUGCCAGCAUAUGUGCUCCUGCCCGCCAGAUGCGACCUGUGACCCAAUCAGCGGCCAGUGUGAAACACUGUGUCCUGCGGGCCUCCGUGGGAAGGCCUGUGACCAAGCCUCGAGGCCAAGGCAAGUGUCUCCUCUCUGCAGAGUGUCCAGUGGGCACAUUUGGGGUGAACUGCUCCAGCUCCUGUGCCUGCGGGGGUGCCCCCUGUGACAGGGUCACCGGCCAGUGCCACUGUCCCCCCGGAAGGACGGGGCCAGACUGUGCCGCAGCCUGUGUCAACGGUACCUUUGGGCUGCGCUGUGAGGAGCGCUGUGCCUGUCUUCGGGGUGCCCCCUGCCACCACGUCACCGGGGCCUGCCUGUGCCCCUCAGGAUGGAGGGGUCGGCAGUGCGAGGAGGCCUGCCCGGCUGGCUGGUUUGGAGACAGAUGUGCCCAGCGCUGCCAGUGUGCCCCGGGCACCCCUUGUCACCAUGUGACCGGAGCCUGUCACUGUCCAGCCGGCCUCUCGGGGCCCAGCUGUGUGCGAGCUUGCCCACCGGGCACCUUCGGAGAGCGCUGUGGGCACCAGUGCCAGUGUGCCGGGGACAACCGGACCUGCCACCCCGUGUCAGGGGCCUGUGUCUGCGCGGCUGGCUUCCAGGGCCCCAACUGCCAGGAUGCAUGCCCACCUGGGCGCUUCGGGCCUGGCUGCCAGCAGCUGUGCGAGUGUCUCCACGAGGCAACUUGUGACCCAUCCACGGGCGCCUGCCGCUGCCCUGCGGGCUUCCUGGGGCCUGACUGUGGCCUUGCCUGCCCCCCUGGGCGUGCGGGCCCUGGCUGUGCCCAUGUGUGCAAGUGUGGCCCCAAGGGGACCUGUGACCCGGUGACUGGCGCCUGCAGCUGUCCCCCAGGGAGGACUGGCCCCCGGUGUGAGCAUGAGUGCCCCCUGGACCGGUUUGGCGUGGGUUGCAAGCAGGAAUGUCCCUGCAAAAACGGAGGGCACUGCCAUGCAGCCACUGGCAGCUGCUCCUGUGCUCUGGGCUGGACAGGACAGCACUGUGAGCUCCCCUGCCCACCUGGGCACUAUGGGGCCGCCUGCCGCCUGCGGUGCUCAUGUGGAAACAGCAGUUGCGACCCCUCCACGGGUGCCUGUGUCUGUGGUGCCGGCGUCUACGGGCCUAGCUGCGAGCACUCCUGUCCACCUGGCUUUCAUGGACCCGGCUGUCGUGCGUUGUGUGUGUGCCAGCACGGGGCUCCCUGUGACCCCAUCAACGGACGCUGCCUGUGCCCGGCUGGCCUGCAGGGCCAGUCCUGCGAGCAGGAGUGUGCUCCUGGCUCCUUCGGGCAGGGCUGUCUGCAAAGGUGCAGUUGCCAGGGCGGAGCCCCCUGUGAUCCCGCCACUGGCCGCUGUCUCUGUCCCCCCGGACGCUCGGGGCCAGCCUGCGAACUUGGCUGCAGGAGGGGCUUUUUCGGACCUGACUGUGCCCUGCGCUGUGACUGCGGAGGUGGAGCGGACUGCGACCCCGAGAGUGGGCAGUGCCACUGCCCGGAUGGUACCAUGGGGCCCACGUGUCGGCAGGGUGAGUGGCUUUGGCAACUUGAGAUACCACCCACAACUCUGCACCCAGCCCACGAAGACCCCCGGCAUUAGCACCAUGAAGCCACCAGUGCCUUCCUUCCAUCCAGCAUGGACCCCCACAGGAGACCUGACAGGAGGGGUACGAUCAGACGGCAUCCGGGGCCUUGUCUUGGAGGACAUGGAGCUGACCCUCAUUGCACGGAGCUGCAAGAACCCACCCACACACCUCCUGCACACAGGGCACACUUCCUGCCUCCAAGCUGGCGUGUGGCUGCCCCUCGGCUGGCACUACCUAUUCUGGGGCCUGGACAGCAUCUCCAGGGGUUCAGCUUGCGGGACACACGGCGAAGAUUUAUGGACGCGGUUCCAGGGAGCCCCGUGCAUCCAGACUGAGG